ACCACCACACCACGCUGCAACUAUCCCAUCCCUUGUCCAUGCAAUGCCAGCUACAACCAGAUAGCUAUCUAUCACCUGCCUUCCGACCUGUCCACCACCUCUAUAUUGCCCGGGUCGUCGCCCUGAGCAUGUAACGCGCGUUGCUCCUCUUCCCCGACCUCGAACUCCGCCUACGUAAAUGGCACGCUCACACGUCCCAGUCGCCCUCGGCGCUGCUAUCUUCGCUUUGUUCAUAAUAUUCCAGCUCUGCAGCAGCUUUGGGGUUCCGCAAAUAGACUUCUGGCAUUGGAAAUUGGAGUCGCAUGGACGACAUGGUGUUCCUCAGGCCCAUAUAUUCAGUGAGAAUGAAGCUACAGUAGCGGCGGAGUCGGGGGAAAGCUCGCAAUACCUGCUCGGUGUUGGCAAGGCGGAUAUCACUGGGCCCGUCGUUGAGCUCAACAUGAUGGGCUAUGCCAACUCGUCUCAAGUCGGUACCGGCCUCCGCCAACGCAUCUAUUCGCGCGCGUUCAUCGUCGGAGACCCCAAAGACCCCUCCCAGCGCUUCGUGUACAUAGUCUUGGACACGCAGUCUGGUGAUACAGCUGUGAGAUAUGGAAUACUGGAGGGAUUGGCGGAUCUGGGAUCUGAGUAUUCCAUGUAUAGCCAGAAGAAUGUAGCCGUAACAGGCACACACAGCCAUUCCGGACCUGGAGCUUGGCUCAAUUAUCUCCUCCCACAAAUCACCAGCUUAGGGUUCAGUAAGCAGAGCUACCAAGCUAUCGUGGAUGGCGCGAUACUGUCCAUAAAGAGGGCCCAUGAGAGUUUGGAGCUAGGAAGCGUGAGUGCAGGCACCACGACCAUCAAAAACGCCAAUAUCAACCGCAGUCUCUACGCUUAUCUCGCAAACCCCGAGUCGGAGCGGGACCGAUACACCGACAAUGUUGAUAAAACCAUGACACUUUUGAAAUUCACGAGAGCCAGCGAUGGCAAAGAUAUCGGCAUUCUGACCUGGUUUGCCGUUCACGGGACAUCGUUGCUGGGAAACCAAACGAUUAUUGCUGCCGACAAUAAGGGUGUGGCAGCAUAUUUGGUCGAACAAGAAAUGAAAAGCAAUGAGAAUGCUGCAGAAGCAUUUGUUGCGGGCUUCUCACAAGCCAACGUCGGCGACACGACGCCAAAUGUCGAAGGAGCUUGGUGCGAAGAUGGCUCGAAUACGGAAUGCAAACUCGAAGACAGUACGUGCGGUGGUAAGAGUCAAGAUUGCCAUGGUCGUGGGCCAUACUUCGGCCUAAACGACGGAGGGGUCAAGAGCUGCUAUGAAAUUGGCAAACGGCAGGCGGACGGAGCACUCAGCAUCUACAACUCAAUGGCUGAUGACGGCAUUCCAAUCUCAGGAAGUGCUGUCCGCUCGUUCCAUACCUUUGUCGACUUCUCCGACUUUACCUUCACGCUCCCCAAUGGCACCAUUGCUUCCACCUGCCCGGCAGCGAUGGGUAAUUCUUUCGCUGCUGGCACGUCGGACGGCCCAGGAGCAUUUGACUUCAAGCAAAACGACUCCGGAGCGCCCGACAAUCCAUUGUGGAAUGCCGUUGGCGGCUUGAUUGCCGAGCCAGGUCCCGAGCAAAUCAAGUGCCAAUACCCCAAACCCAUCCUCCUGAACGUGGGAGAAGCCCACACUCCCUACGACUGGACGCCGAACAUUGUCGACAUCCAAGUCUUACGCGUAGGCCAAUUUAUCGUGAUCGUUUCGCCUGGCGAAGCCACUACAAUGUCUGGUCGCCGCUGGCGUGAGGCUGUCUACGACGCGGCCGUUUCGUCAUCCCUAGUCUCGUCCUCUUCUACUUCUCCCAUCGUCGUACUCGGUGGCCCAGCAAACAGCUACACGCAUUACAUCGCGACCGAAGAAGAGUACGGAAUCCAGCGAUACGAAGGCGCUUCCACUCUCUACGGCCCGAACACACUAAACGCCUAUAUUAACGCUACAUUGACCUACCUAACCUACCUCUCGGACUCCUCAACCGGAUCGUCACCACUCGGUCCUUUGCCGCCCAACAACGUCAACAAAAGCCUCAGCUUCAUCACGGGCGUUGUCUUCGACGGUAAGCCGUUCGGCAAGAGCUUUGGCGAGGUGUUGACAGACGCCUCGUCGAGUUAUGCGCUCGGCUCUCUUGUCAAGGUCACGUUUCAAGCCUCCAACCCGCGCAACAACCUCAAGCUCGAGGCAACGUACGCGGCGGUGGAGAGAGAAGGCGACGACGGGAGCUGGACGCAGAUUAAGAACGACGAAGACUGGGAGCUGGCGUUUGAGUGGAAGAGGACGAACAGUGUGCUGGGAUACAGCGAGGUGACUGUGACUUGGGAUACGAGCCUGACGGCGGAGGCUGGGACGUAUAGGAUUAAGUAUUUCGGCGACUCGAAGGCGGCCUUCACGGGGACGAUCAGUGAGUUUGAGGGCAGUAGCACCGUGUUCACGCUGGCGUGA